AUGAUUCGACCUUUUAUCCGUGAUGUACAUGGUGCUUUUGUCGUAUUUGAUCUAACUGACUUAAAAACAUUCAAUAGUAUUGUUGAAUGGAUCGAAGAAUUACAUCAAUAUGGAUCUCAAGAAUUAUCCAUUAUUCUUGUCGGUAGUAAAUCAGAUUUAAUCAUUCAACGGCAAAUAACCCAUGAUCAAGCAAUGACUUUUGCCAGUCAAUUCAAUUUUCAAUAUGUGGAAACAUCAGCACUCAAUGGUUCUAACGUUGAACAAAUGUUUAUUUCGCUUAUUACAAAUAUUUAUCAUAAGACAGUUCAAGUCAAAGAUACACCGUUAUCACUGCCAAUAGUCAUGACAAAUGUUUUACCAUCAUCAUUCAAUUCUCAACAAGUUUCUAUUGAUAAAACUAAAAGUUCAUGUGAUAUAUGUGCAUCGAAGGAAUCAGUGACAAUUAUGCUAUGUCAUGGAUGUGCUCAACAUUUUUGUCAAAAACAUUUUUAUGAACAUCGAGAUAAACUUAAAACAGAUCUCAAGAAGAUUAUCAAUGAACAUGAUGAAAUUCUACAAGAUUUUCAUAUGAGUCUGAAUCAUGCAUCAAAUUCACUUGAUAAUGACGAUGCUCGAGCUCUAUUGAAACAAAUCGAUGAAUGGCAAACGAGAACAAUUGAUGCUUGUUGUCGAACAGCUGAUGAAACUCGUGGAAUAAUUGCACGAUUGUUUAGUAAGAAAAAAGAAAAUGAUAUUAUUAAAAAGCGUUUUGAAAUCUUAAGAAAUGAAUUAAUAGAACAACAACAAUCUGAAAAGUUCAUUGAAAAUGAUCUUGAACGAUUAAAACAAAAAGUCGAACAAUUUAAAAAUGAUACAAUUCAACUGAUAACUUCAUCUGAAACAAUUAUUAUUCAAACACAAUCAAUCGAUUGGAGAAAGGUUUUCAACAUUUCAAGACCAUCUAAUAUUGAUCAAAUAAUCAAUCAUUACGUAUUAGUUAUAGGAGAAAUAGGAGCUGGUAUCUGUCCACACGGUAAGUCGACAAUCAUCGAUUAUACUGCCAAUUUUUUUGCAAAUAACCGUACAUUCCGUAAUCGUAUUUUGAGAACAACAAUAAAUCCAUCUUAUGCUUUAAUAACUACAAAUAUGGAUAGUUAUGUACAAGCAACGAUGGCUAAUUAUUAUCGAUUUCCUAUUGAUGAUCAAGAAAAUAUUGUGUUUAUUGAUACAAUCAAUUUUAGUAAUAAUGAUACAAUUUUGAACAAUGAUAUACCGAUUGAUUUACUCGAUAUUGAUCAAUUUGCUGCAAUAAUUCUUGUAAUUGAUGCAAAAAAUUUCGAUCAAAAAUAUCUAUCAAACGAGAUUAAAAAAUACAUAGACGAUAUGUAUUCAUCAACUAUAGAAGCAUUUCAACAAUUGUUUGUCGUAGUGACCCAUUGUAAAUCAUGCACUUUGGAAUUCGAUCUAUCAAAAUUUGUUUUACCUGUAAAUAUUACUAUCUUUGGUAUGGAAAAUUCUGCAUAUUCAUCUGAUGAACAGUUACAAACGCGGGCUCGUAUCGAAGACGACUUUCUAGCGUCUAUGCAGACUAUAGAACAGAUUGUCAAUAAAAUACUUAAUGGAACUGAUCAAUAUAAUUCAACAAUGUAA